AUGAAGUCAUUCUUUUUGAAGGCCGAACAAAUGUUCCUGCUCGCGCUGCACGAGCGCUUGAGCCAGCAGCUUCGACCGCAGGCCGAAUUGCAACGUAUGUGGCAGAGUAUGGUACUUGGCCUGCCGGCGCUUCUGCCGCCGCUGGAUUUCGCCGCCAGUUUGCCAGGGAGCAGCAGUCAGGCUUUGUUCCACCCGCUCUACCAG